AAUAAAGUCUGGUCUGCUGACGCCUUUCACUCACACUCUGCUGUACAACUUCCCAGGUUGUUCCACUAAACUCCUCCUGAUUUCCACGAGAGCGCUCAAAGCUGUCUGACGUACGGUCGCGUUCCUGCCUUUCCAAAACAUAAGAAAUGGCUCUUCCUUACGGUUUACCGCAGCGGUGUCUUCAAGCUGUGGCUGCGUGCUGGUUGAUUAGCUACGUACUUAGUUUCGUCACUGGAGGCUGCAGUUUGGUUCUUUUCACCUAUUUGGCCGUUGUGGCCCUACCAGCUGUUGCCAUCUACUCUUUUAUGAAUGUGGAUCCUGGUACUAAAGCUGUUCUGGUAACUGGGUGCGACUCUGGAUUCGGACAUGCCUUGGCAUUGCAUCUCCAUGAUUUGGGUUUCGUUGUAUUCGCUGGCUGUCUAAUGAAAGAUAAGGGCGCGGAUUCUGUUAAGCAACUCGAUGAUGCCGGAAAGAACACGGGUCGUUUGAUUACUGUGCAAAUGAACGUUACUUCCGACGCUGAAGUCGCGGCUGCCGUUGAAACUGUUAGGGCUAACCUUCCUCCUUCCAUCAAAGGUCUGUGGGCAGUUGUCAACAAUGCUGGAUUCUCCACUUUUGGCGAGAUGGAAUGGGUUCCCAUCAACGUUUACGAAAUGGUGGCUUCCAUUAAUUUGUUCGGCUUGAUCCGAGUCACCAAAGGCUUUCUUCCACUUAUUCGUGAAGCUCAAGGCCGUGUUGUCAACGUCGCUUCCAUGCUAGGACGUACCGGAGCCUAUGGGCGCUCUCCUUACUGCGCCACCAAAUUUGGCGUAGAAGCCGUCUCUGAUUGCCUUCGUAUGGAAAUGAAAAAGUUUAAUGUUGAUGUGGCUGUGAUUGAACCAGGAAAUUUCAUUGCUGGUACCUCUUUGUACAAUGCUGAUGUUGUCAAAGCUCAGUCCAAGAAAAUGUGGGAUGGCAUGACUGACGAAAUCCGCAACGCUUACGGCCAGGAAUAUUUCGACCAGAAGACCGAACUCAUGCUUUCCUACACCACUGCAGGAGUAUCAGACAUUUCUCCAGUUGUGAAUGCUAUGACAGACGCUGUGAUUCGCGUUUACCCUCGCUGUCGCUAUCAGCCAAUGGCGCUGUACGAGCUUUUCAAAAUCUCCGUGGCAACUCACCUUCCCGAAUACGUAUAUGAUGCUAUGUUUCUCUAGAUCCUUUGUCAGUGUUUAUCUACAUACACUUGGACGGGAUCACAAAAGUUUAAAAAAUGCCAAUACAAAUAUUGUCAAUAAAUGACAGCAGAUAUCGUA